AUGGCAACUCCCAGAAGGGCCAAGGCCAAAACCAGGGCCCAGAGCAGCGCCUUGCUCCUCGAAAAGCUCUCUACCGUUCUACCCAAGGGCUACCGCUUCGGCAUCUAUCACCUGUCCACGCCCCCGACCAAGACGAACGCGCUUUACUCUGCGCCGCCCGAGGAACGAGACGACAAGACCUUCUGCGAGAAGCACUUCCUCGCCAUUUCGAUCGAUACCCGCCCGACCACCGAGAUCGAGCAGUCCAAGGACAUCACGGCGAAAGACAGCGGCUCUAAGCAGGUCCUGGUCCUGGCCUUGGAGGUCUACAUCUACACGACUGCCCACUCCAGCACGCUGUUCGUCGCCAAGGCCGACUCGACUGGAUACCUCAAGCUUCUCAACUUGCCCAAGGGCACGCCGUCGCCAAUCAAGGAAAUCGCCAGUGCGUUUGUCACCUACCUUGUCGAACAGCGACGACGUCAAGGCAAGCAGUUCGUCGUCAGCCUAUUCGCCCGCGCGCAGAACCAGUACCUCUUUCCUGGUAGCGUGGAUUACAAUGGCAAGCAUGUCCUCGAUGACAGAGGGCUCGUCAAGUGGUGGUGCAAGGUGCUGGAUCCCCUUCUUGACAAACCCCCUGUUGGCAAGGGUGAGCCGUGGGGUGGUGUAAAAGGGUACCUCCUCAUUCCGGGUCUCGACAACUACGAGACCAAAGCCUUCAUUCCCCGUGGACCAAAGAGCGCCACCAACUGGGUUCUGGGACACGCGCUGGAGAAGAUUUCGCACUACACCAAGGAGUACGACUGGGUGCCUGUGCGCUGUCUCAUUCCCCAGUUUCCCGACGACCCGAAGUCGCGAUUCAGAGAUGAGUUGGAUGAGGAGGCUGGCAAGUCGAAGCAGCUCAAGACGACGGGCUUGUGGAAGAGUGUGAAGACUCUUGACGCGUUCUGGGAGAUGAUGGCGUUCAGACAGGAGUGUUCCAGUGGGAGGUUGACCGGCUUCAUCUGGGUUGUCUUUGACCCAAAUGAUGAAAAGAGUGAACAAGCGCGACGCGAAAGCGUCACUUCAAGCCUGCCGACGCUAAACCAGUCAUUUGAUCCGUCUAACCCGCCCACAACACCAUCUCGCCAGAAAGCUGCACGGCCCACCACACCCACGUCCACCCCUCGCAAGUUGUUUCCGGUGUCGCCGUCCGGCACGCCGUCGAAAAAUAAGCCAGAGGAGAAGAAGAAGCCGAAAAAGAAGAAGAAGCGGGGCAUCGUCAUGACCCGCCAACCUCGCAUCAAGAAGCACCAACGCAACUACCUUCUAGACAAGCCCAUUUCCAGCGCGUACUACUACUGGCCAGCCGAAGGAAGAGGUCGAAAGAUUGUCGAUGAGAAUGGCUACAAGCGCGUCAACGAGCUGCUGCUCCACCUGGAUUUCUCAAAGCCUGAUCUGGCAACGGGCAGCACACGACGAUGGAUUAACGAAGUUGGAAUGGGCGACUCGUGGGGUCUCGAAGUCGUAGGCAAGCGGGAAAUUACUGCGCCGCCAUCGAACGGAUCGUCGUCUGGGGAGGUCAAUAAUCUCUCCGGCCUUGUUAAGCGCAAGCGACCCGAAGAUGCCGCAACAGAUGAGCCAGCGGGCAAGGUUAAUGUUCUUGCUACCGGGCUCAUCCGCAAAAAGCCCAAGACUGAAGAGGUGGUGGACGAGACGAAGGCGGGUAACGAGAAGCCAGCGGUCAACGUACUCGGCGCUGGGUUGAUUCGAAAGAAGCCCAAGGAAGAGAAGAAAGACGACGAAGCUGCGAAGCCCCAAGAGGCGCCAGCGGCCACAUGA